AUUAGAAAUGGCUUCUCUUGACAGAGUAAAGGUGUUGGUUUUAGGAGAUUCAGGGGUCGGAAAAUCUUCCUUGGUCCAUCUAAUAUGUCAGGGUCAGGUUUUAGGAAAUCCAUCUUGGACUGUCGGCUGUUCUGUAGAUGUACGGGUUCAGGAUUACAAAGAAGGAACCCCUGAGGAGAAAACCUUCUACAUUGAACUCUGGGAUGUUGGCGGAUCUGUUGGCAGUUCCAGCAGUGUUAAAAGCACCAGAGCCGUCUUCUACAAUUCAGUAAAUGGAAUCAUAUUGGUGCACGAUUUAACAAAUAAGAAAUCUUCCCAAAACCUCUACCGGUGGUCAAUGGAAGCUUUGAAUAAGGAUUCCUCUCCAACAGGAGUCAUUGUCUCAAAUGGUGACUAUGAUAGAGAACAGUUUGCUGAGAACACGGUGCCUUUGCUGCUGAUUGGAACAAAGUUUGACCAGAUUCCAGAGAACAAACGCAGUGAAGUUCUCACUAGGACGGCCUUCCUCUCUGAAGAUUUUAAUGCAGAGGAGAUCAAUCUUGACUGCACAAACCCAAGAUACUUUGCUGCAGGCACAUCAAAUGCUGUGAAACUUAGUCGAUUUUUUGAUAAGGUAAUAGAGAAGAGAUACUUCACCAGAGAUUCAAGUCAGAUCCCAGGCUUUACAGACAGAAAAAGGUUCAACUUCAAAAGUUUGCACUAUGACUAAUUUCCAUGAAUGCAACAUUGGUGGUCUGUGGUUUUUAUCAUCACAGCUGUGGGUUGUAGUGCUAGAGUUUACCCCCUGAAGCUAUCGACAAAAACAACCCCUCCUCCAUCUCUCUCUCUCUCUCUGUGGAUUAUAUUGUAUUUAGUUGAUCUAAAUGUAGAAAUGGAAAGAAUAUAUAAAUUCAGGUGAGGUACAUUAUUAAAGAGUGCUUUUAUUGUAAAUGGCAACAUAUAUUUUUAUUCUGUCAUAUGCAAAUCAUCUACAUCUGUAUGUUUUUCUAAAGCUUACAUUUCUACUGGUUUUCUUUGCACAUUCUAAGUGACGCAUUUAACCAGAUUGCUUCAUGCCCGCAUCACCUCCUUGAUCCAUGGCAGGAAGUAAUGGACUUUAGUGAAAACAUGUGGAUACUUUCGAUUAUCACAUUUUUUUUUUAAAGUAAAAGCUGUUAUGCCUUGAACCCUGGUGUCACAGAUGAGAGGUCCACCUGAAUCCCCCUAAAAAGAGAGACAAAGGAAGAGUUGAUCAGGGCUUUAAAGGGAAACAAACCUUUUUUCUGUU